AUGGAUUGGCGUUCUCUUGUUUCUACAGACGAAAGACUUACUAACAUUCUCAGAAUUGCGGAAUUAGCUCAUGCUGUUCAACCCUUUCAAGAAGUAUUAAAUCGCGCCAAACAGGUGGAAGAAAGUGUCUUUCAAAAAGCAACUUCUCGGGAAUUUUACAUUGCUUCUAUGGACCAACUCGUGGAUUAUAUGAAAAAAACUAUCGAAGAUAAAACAAAGCAACAUCUCGAACAACUUGCAGAAAAGGAAUAUAAAGAAUUAUUGAAUAGCAAAGACUCCUCAAUAAAAAGUUCAAAAAAUGGACUUGAUCAAUUAAAAAAUUUGUGGACGAGACGAAUUAAUGAAAUUAUGGAGCAGUCGCGUCGUCAACAAGCUUUUCAGUCACAGCGUCUUCAUUUAUUAUUGCAAAAUUUGCAACUUCAACAAUUAUUACAACAACAAAAGACUCGUCAAACUCAACCUACGAACUUACCUCCACUUUUACAACCAUUACCACAACCUACUAUACCAAUUUUACAAUCAACUCCAUUAAUCACCCAACAAUCUCUCACAAUGCGGUCGACUGCUCCAUUAACUAAGCAAACAAAGUCAGAACAAUCACAAUCAUCACAAUCAUCUUUACCUCAGGCUUAUUGCCUCGUAAAAGAUGCUAAUGUGCAUAAAGAGGAUUUUAAAGAAGCUUUGAAAUUACCGAUAAAUGAACAAAAGAGACACCCUCCACCUGGUGCACCUGUGAUACCGGUACAUGCUCUAAAAGUUGAAGGCGUUCAUGCCGAUACUUCUUCCCAGAGUUCAACUAUCUGUAGGCGAAUUAUCGAGAUCCAGGCUACACAAAGAUUAUCUCGUGGCGCAACUCUCGCAUGGUGUGGUACCAAGUAA